AUGGGAACAACAUCUGUCCGCCGCAAUAUAUUCCACCACCAUCUCAGCAAACGCUCUGUAUCGGCAGCUCUCCCAAAUGCCUCGAUGCAAAGUGGUACCACCGGUGGACUGCCUAGUCUCUCCUCUCAUGUUAUGCCAUCUGCGUCAUAUGAAUCGACACAGUCGCUGGGCCCCGGCCUAGUCGAUGGCGGGGAGAUCGUGGUGAAGGAUAAAAAUGGUGAUUAUAAGCUCGAUAUUCCCGUUCUUCCGCCCGCCGUUGCAAGAGAGGAUGGGGAUGAGAUGGAGGGCAUGGAAGGUGGAGCUACUAGAGGAUCUGGGCCUACGGGGGCUGAGUCCACAGCACAAAUAGAAAUUAGCGGGCGCGAGAAAGAGAAAAUUGAGGCAAGUCUGGUAGAUAUGAUGUACCGAAGUCGGAACAGGCAGAUGAGCACCGAACCAGCUGAGAUUCUGAAUCUCAUCCAUCAGAACCUUAGGAACAAUGUUGCCUCCCUGGAUGAAGACAACUGGAUAUACGAACCAGAACCCGACUCGCUUUUCUAG